GAGGAAGACAUCGGGUGCGAUGUAUGCGCGCGCGCAUUCGGUGGACGGCGAAAACCGCUCUGUCCCUCCUGUGCGCAAGCUAUAUUAUAUGGCUCCCGCAUCCAGCAAGCCACCGGACUACUCGAGCGAGAGAAGCAUCAUGCUCACGCCGAAGCCAUCUUGAGACCGGGGAACGAUGGGGUACUUGCGUCGCUGCCGCAAGAUCAAGCGGCUACUGAGUUCCGCAUCAACGCCAUUGUCGAGAAGGCCGCGGAGCUACGCAAACAGAUCGAGGAGUAUCGUAAGACCAUCGAUGUUCGCAAAGAGGCGAAAGCGGAUGCCCGCAAGGAGCUUGUGGCACAGAAGACGGAGCUUGAGAAAUCGAAGCCCAGAGCUAUCGAGCCUGUGCACAAUACUACGAAGAAGACAUAUGCGAGGUUGGAGAAAGUUCGCAGCCGGAUCGUGGAUGCGAGGCUGUUGCUUUGUCAUGAAGCUGCAGUCGCUAUGAACCUCAGUCGGCAUAGAUCGUCUAGUGGCCGAUCAGAGUACAGGCUUGGAGGGCUGGUAAUACCAGAUCUCCGAGAGAUCACCACAAGGACACAUCCGUCGGCAAAGGCACCGUUAGUUGGCGGCAGAACUCUUGCUGAACCACACGAUCUCGUGUCGGAAGUCUACGAGAACGUGGCCCGGCUCGUCAACCUCUGCUCUCACUAUCUCUCUCUUCGCUUGCCUGGCGAACUUCUGGUUCCGCACGAGAACUUCCCGCGGGCUGCCAUUAUGCCCGAGAAGUCCAGCUACAAAUCGAAGGAGAUCAAGUUCCCAAGCUCAUAUUCGAGCCAGCAUUCUAGCCCGAUGGCAUCCCGUGUUCUCGAGCAAGAUCAGCCACGCCCUAGGCCGCUAUGGUUAGAUCGACCUCUGGGACAGCUUGCCAAAGAAGAGGAGAGCAAGAAAGCCUACAAACUCUUCAUAGAAGGCGUUACGAUGCUGGCCUACAAUGUUGCGUGGCUUUGCAAGACACAAGGUAUGGACAGCAUCAACAAUUUUGACGAGGUCUGCGCUAUCGGCAAGAACCUCUACCAACUUCUCAUGUCCUCAUCGCGAAAGCCAUCAAUGAGUCGUAAGCAGACUGGAACUUCAAGCAAGGUAACCACAGCAUCCGGCAAAGAAGAUCAAGGCACUCGGCUGGGCGUAUUCUCUCACAACUCAGCCGAGCACAACCUGGCCAGCGCAGAAGGGUUGCUGUACAUGAGGGACUGGAAGAUUGGCUCCUCCACACGGCUUGCAGACAAGCUGCUCCAGUUUCUCGCGAGCGAAAUGUCUGGAGCAGAAUGGGAAAUGGUGAAAGAAGACGAAUGGGACGAGGAUCGAGAGGACGAAAGA